AUGCAAAGUAGUGUGUGCCAAUUCAGACUGCUGUCUUCUGAUAGUGAGAUAUAUAUCCCGGCAUGGACAUCGAGCAUUUGUACACUCCCCCCCAGUCGAACACUUCUCUCCACGGCCGACGACGAGGCUGGACGCCACCAUUUCCUGGUGGUGGCCUACGGCGUCCAAAGCCACGUGAACCCGGGACGCGCCCUGGCCCGCCGUCUCGCACGGCUCGGCGGCGUCGAUGGCUCCAUUACGGCCACGCUCUCCGUGCCGUUGGUCACCUACCGGCGCAUGUUCCCUUCAUCACUGGACGCCGCAACGGUGGCGACGGCGGAGGAGACCACCGACGACGGGGUCAUCUCCUACGUCCCCUACUCCGACGGUCUCGACGAUGGCUCGUUGUCCUGGUCCACGGACGCCGAGGACAGAGCGCGCAGGCGCCGCGCGAGCGCCGACAGCCUCUCCGCCGUCGUGGCCCGCCUCGCCGGCCGCGGCCAGCCGGUGACGUGCAUCAUGUGCACGAUGGUGCUGCUCCCGGUGCUCGACGUCGCGCGGGAGCACGGCAUCCCUCUCGCCGUGUACUGGCUCCAGCCGGCCACCGUCCUCGCCGUCAGCUACCACUACUUCCACGGCCACGACAAGCUCGUCGCCGCCCACGCCACGGACCCGGCGUACGAGGUGCCCGUGCCCGGGCUGAGACGCCCUCUCCGGAUAGGCUGCCUCCCGUCGUUCCUGACCGACACGUCGGGCAGCGACAGGGCCAGGGCCUCCAUCGACUUGUUCCGGGAGCUGUUCGAGUUCAUGGACCAGUGGCGGCCCAAGGUGCUCGUGAACACGUUCGACGAGCUGGAGCCGAGCGCGCUCGCGGAGAUGAGGCGGCACCUGGACGUCGUCGCCGUCGGCCCCAUGGUCGGGUCCGCCACGGACGCCCGGAUCCAUCUGUUCGAGCACGACAAGAAGAGGUACAUGGAGUGGCUUCAGGCGCACCCGGACAGCUCGGUGGUGUACGUGUCGUUCGGGAGCGUGACGAAGCUCCCCAAGCGGCAGAUGGAGGAGAUCGCUGGAGGACUACGACAGUGUGGGCGGCCAUACUUGCUGGCCGUGCGCAGGGACGGUGUCGACGGCGGCGAUGGCGAAGGCGGCGGCAGCCAUGGCCAGCUGCUGGAGAACGACACCCAGAGCGAGAGCCAGAGCCAGGGGAUGGUUGUGGACUGGUGCAACCAGCUGGAGGUGCUGUCGCACCCGGCGAUCGGGUGCUUCGUCUCGCACUGUGGGUGGAACUCGGUGACGGAGGCCAUGGCGUCCGGCGUGCCCAUUGUCGGAGUGCCCAACAUGUUUGACCAGCCGACGAACAUGUACUUGGUCGAGGAAGAGUUGGGGGUCGGCGUCAGAGGAGAGCGAAACGGCGAUGGUGUGCUGACAGGGACAGAGCUGGCGAGGAGCAUUGAGCUAGUCAUGGGUGAUGGUGCGAGAGCAGUGGCAAUAAGGGAAAGGGCAAAGGCCUUGAAAGAGACAGCGCAGGCAGCCAUGCAGGCGGGUCUGCCGAGAGAAACCUUUGGGACCUCGUCAAAACAAUGUCAAAAUCAAUAUAAUUAA